CUCCCUUCUCCUCUCCUUGUUUCUUUUAAUACUCUGUAAGUUUAAAAGUAGGAAAAAUGGCGGGUGGUGGUUUUGGGCCCGGUCCCGGAAACCGGAGAGAUUAUCCAAGCAACCUAACGCCGUAUGUCAUCGUCACUUGCGCCAUUGCAUCCACGGGUGGCCUUAUUUUUGGUUACGAUAUCGGAAUUUCAGGCGGUGUGACGUCUAUGGAGUCGUUCUUGAAGAAGUUCUUCCCGGCAGUGCACAGGAAGCUGCAGAUACCGGACGCUUCCACAAACCAGUACUGUCUAUUUGACAGCGUAACGCUUACUCUGUUCACCUCCUCCUUGUAUUUGGCUGCGUUUUUCUCCUCCUUUGCGGCCUCGAUAGUCUCCAGAAAACUGGGAAGGAAAUUGUCAAUGCUGCUCGGUGGUGUGCUGUUCUGCGUCGGGGCAUUGCUUAGUGGCUUUGCUGAGGCUGUUUGGAUGCUGAUUGUUGGCCGUAUUUUUCUGGGUUUCGGAAUUGGGUUUGCCAAUCAGUCAGUGCCGCUCUACCUCUCUGAGAUGGCUCCUUACAAGUACAGAGGUGCUCUCAACAUAGGAUUUCAGCUCUCCAUCACAAUCGGCAUCCUGGCUGCCAACGUACUGAACUAUGGCUUUGCAAAAAUUGAGGGCGGCUGGGGUUGGAGGUUGAGCUUGGGUGGCGCCGUGGUCCCUGCUCUGAUCGUCACCCUCGGUUCACUGGUCCUCCCCGAGACACCAAACUCCCUCAUCGAGCGUGGCAAGCAGGACGAUGCUCGAGCCAAUUUGCAAAGGAUCCGAGGCGUACCCAAUGUGGACCAAGAGUUCAAUUAUUUGGUCUCGGCAUGUGAGGCGUCUCGAAGGGUGGAGCACCCCUGGCGGAACCUCCUCGACUGCAAGUACAAGUCUCAUCUCGCAAUGGCUAUUGCCAUUCCCUUUUUCCAGCAGCUGGCAGGCAUCAGCGCCGUCGUGUUUUACGCGCCCCUCCUUUUCCAAACAUUCGGGUUGGGAGCCGACACCGCAUUGAUAUCGGCUGUUGUGACCGGUAGCGUGAAUGUCGUGGCCACUGUGGUUUCCAUAUAUUGUGUAGAUAAAUGGGGAAGAAGGUUUCUUUUCCUUGAAGGCGGUAUCCAAAUGCUCAUUUGUCUGAUUGCGGUUGCAGUUUGUAUGGCACUGAAAUUUGGGGUAGAUGGAAAUCCAGGGGAAAUACCAAAGUGGUACGCAGUUGUGGUGGUGGCAUUUAUAUGUGUAUAUGUUGCUGGAUUUGCAUGGUCAUGGGGGCCUUUGGGCUGGUUGGUUCCGAGUGAAAUUUUCCCAUUAGAAAUUCGGUCGGCUGCGCAGAGUCUCAACGUUUCAAUCAACAUGAUUGUCACCUUUAUUACAGGUCAAACCUUCUUCACUAUGCUCUGCCACUUGAAGUUUGGAUUGUUCUUAUUCUUUGCCUUUUUUGUGGUGGUGAUGACUCUCUUUAUAUACUUUUUCUUGCCGGAGACUAAGAACAUUCCCAUCGAAGCAAUAGAUUUUCCAUAUUUUAUAUUUCUACAAUUUUUACAAGCAGUGAAUAUUGUACCAAGAAGUUUCAUGGUUUAAUUUAAAUGCACAUAUACAUCACGUUGGAUUGAAGUUGAACUGUGAUUCACUACAUUAUUCAUAAUAAUAUGGAUUUUCCAUCAAAUUUUGUGUCAUCAAUAGAUGAUUUGGCAUAUAUCACGGGAAACAAAACUUAUGAUUCACAAAUGACA